AUUAAAUAAUGGACAAAGUAGCCCAAGACUCCAUAGAGUUAAGGUCAGCUACCCGAAAACACACAGAGUGAGCCCUCACUUUUCUUUUCCUGCUCUCUGUGAUGGACCAACUGCGACGUUUCUGCCCAGUGACGCAGAGACGUCACCAGUCGGUAGGCGGAAAGCGGUAGUGUCUCGGUAUCUGAAGAUAAAGCCAAACCGGGUGCUUUUAUUAAGGAGAUUGAUACGGGAGAUAUAAAACGGUUAGCUUUGUGUCUGCUGAAAUGGCGGUUCCUGCGGGACAGACAGACCUACAUAUGGACAGAGGCGCCCUGAGCGGCCACACAGUUUCCUCUGAAAACAACAUUGACAUCGACGAGAAAGAGUUGGAAAAUAUCACAAAGAAACACCGAGAAGACGAGACGACAACGCUGCCUCUGCACUCACCUUGGACGUUUUGGCUGGACAGGUCAUUACCGGGCACGACGGCUGCAGAAUGUGAAUCCAAUCUGAAGAAGAUCUACACCGUGCAAAGCGUUCAGAUGUUCUGGAGCGUAUACAACAAUAUCCCUCCUGCCACAGCUCUGCCUUUGAGAUGUAGCUAUCACUUAAUGCGUGGGGAGCGGAGGCCACUGUGGGAAGAAGAAAGCAAUGCAAAAGGAGGAGUAUGGAAGAUGAAAAUACCAAAAGAAAGCACUUCUGCAGUUUGGAAAGAGUUGUUACUUGCUACUAUUGGGGAGCAGUUUGCAGAUUACUGUGCCUCAGACGAUGAGGUCGUUGGUGUCAGUGUUAGCGUUCGGGAUCGGGAAGAUGUUGUACAAGUCUGGAAUAGCGAUGCAUCUCUUGCUAACGAAGCAAAUAUCUUGGGAAAAAUCUAUGAGCUCCUCCCAUGCAUAACUUUUAAAGCUGUUUUUUAUAAGUCUCACAUGGAACAUCAUGCCUUUGAAGGAGGACGCUCAAGACAUUAAAUGAUUGUCAUGCACUUUUUUUUUUAUUUUAACCUGAACUCUGGCUGUCCACAACCUAAUCAAGGAUAUUAUUUUACAUCCAACAAUGAGAUGUUAUCAAUAUAUUUUUAUAACUUUUAAUGACUGAUGCCUUGUUUCAUUUUGAUGUGGGUCCUAAAGCUCUGAACUCCUCAGAGAAUGUAUAUCUAGCAAAAAUCCCAUCCAGAGUCCAAAAGUUCAUGUUGGUUUUGACUUCCUGCUAUACUGAACUGCACUGUCAUGGUCUUGUUCUCUGCACAGACCUCACAAUUUGUUCAUGGUAUAGAGGUAGCAGCUACAUAAUUAGUGGGUUUAACUGUUUUAUGUGUAAGAUAUCUCAUUUCACAUCAUGUUUUAAUCGGUGCCAAAGCACUUUUCUGCCGUUUAAGAGGUUUGUAUGCUAAGUGUGGUUUAUUUAGCUGGAGUUUUCCCACUUCUGAUGAUAGCGUGAAUGUCCUAUCUUUACCUGUACAUCAAAUUUAAGUCAGGGUAACACUUGGAAAUAUUGCACAUGACUACCUAUUCCGAUCAGUGUCCCUUCAGUUCUGAAGCCGUCGAAGAGAAUCAGAACAUAUCCCAGUGCAGAAAUGGCCCUAAGAAACUCAGCUUUAGAUAAAGAGCAAACCCAUCAUGAAAGGUGCCUCUUUGAAUGUCCUCAGCCAUGCCACAUUUGAUUUUUCUUUCAACACACAUGUUGAAAGUUGACCCUCUGCUCUCCUAAAUGUGUCACUCUGUAGAGAUACUGCACAUUUUUGUGCUCAAGUGGUGCUCUGUAGUUCUUGUCUGUACUUGUCGUUUCCCUAACCCCUUUCCUUAAUAGUUCUAGUUUUCUUACUGGACCGAGUCCUUAUAAUCAUAACACGCAGAGGAAAUUCAAGCAUUUUUUUUUGCUUUGAAGAAAGUAACAUGAGUUCAUGCUGUUCCAACCUUGUCUCCUACAAAUUACAAUCUCAUACAACAAAACUGCAAUAAAUUGAAAUAAGUAAUUUUGUUACACAACUAGUUAAUAAAUGUGUUUGCUACAGGACUACGUAUGUAAGUUAAAAGUCAACGUUGACUUUUGGAUUCACAGCGGACACCGAACAGUGGGCUCCUCUUUUGUUUGUUUGACCCAUCCAUCCCCCCCUCUCUCCUCCCAAUGUGGACUUGUGGAAACAUUUUCUGAUACGUCAAAUUCCAGAAGAAAAUACAUUUGCCCCAAAAUUGACAAUGCAGUUUUAUUGUAUGGGAGGAUCAUUUUUAGGAGAACAAGCUGGCUAUUCCCAUAUUUAGCAAAUGUGUAUACACCCAUUAUAUCGCUAAGAACAAAUUUGAUGGUGUGGCGAGUUUCAAUCGUCCCUAACCGUGUUUCCAUUCAAUUUUCAAGCAAAUUGAAAUGUCACAAAAAAAAUGCAAAUAAGCCGUGUUUCCUAUAAACUCAUUUAGAGCAACUCAACUAGGCUGACUGUGGUCUGCUAGUAAAUGGACUGAAGGAAGUAGAGGUUGUUAACUUAAAAACAAAACAAGGCGCCUUGGCUGACUAAUUUAGUUCAAUUAGGCAUGUUCUAGUAGUUAAAAUGUAUUCUGCGAAGGCGUUUCCAUAUCCAAUUUAGAGCAGCAACUCCGUUUUGACAAAUCUGAAAACCACCUCAGGCAAGCGUAAAUACUUUUUUGCACAAUUGAGGAAGUUGCAUCGGAUUUUUACUGUUUCCAUUCAGCUUUUCUAAUACAAACUUAAAAAUGUGCAUGAAAAUAAAUGAAUAGAAACAUGGUUUCUUAUUGAGUUUAUGUUGCUGCUUCAGAAAAGUACACUUUGUUCCAGAUGUUACACUGUCCUCACCUAAUUGACCAUGUCCAUGAUAAUAAACAGCAUCACUAUAAAUAGAGAAAGCAGAAAGACAUAUUUUUCUAUCAGCUCCCUUUACAAAUCUUGGACAUUUUUAGUGGAACUUCACCCAGACUGAGUUACAUUCCCUAACACAGUUAUACUAUUGCAGUGUAGGCUACAGUGAGCUGAAUGCUUCUGGUAUCAUUGUAUGUCAUACCACAUUUAUAGUACAUCAGACUGGUUGAUACGUUAGUUACUGUAAAAGGGGACAAUACGUUCUUUGUAAACAUGAUUUUUGCAGUGACAUGGACAAACAUAAAUAAAAUGGAAAUCAAAAUACA